GCGGCGCGGCGGGAGCGGGGUCGGUGGUGCCGAUGGAGGCCGGUGCUGAGGCGGAGCCGCUGCUGCCCCCGCGGCGCUGGCGGGCGGGCCGGGGGCUGUGGCGGGAGCGCGGCAGUGCCCGCUCGGCCGCCGAGGACGGUGCUGAAGCUGAUAAUGACCUUUAUAUAAAUCAAGCCAUAGUAUUUAUUGAAGAUGCAAUACAAUAUCGAUCUAUAAAUCACCGUGUGGACUCCAAAUCCCUGUGGCUUUAUCGAUGGUACUAUUCCAGGACUUGCCAGUGGAUUUUGAGCUUAACCAUUACUGUAAUCUUGGCUUUGGCUUUCAUUGAAGAACCUUCCUCGCUCACCGUCACGUCGGAUGUCCGGUACCGCCUUCCCGCCUGGAAUCCUCCCUGUGGCCUCACGGAGAGCAUUGAGCUGCUCUGCUUCCUUGUGUUCGUGGUUGAUGUAUCUGUGAAGAGUUACUUAAUUGGAUGGAAAGAAUUUUGGAAAAAUAAAUGGCUAAUGGCUUAUAUACUGACAUUAAUUGUUUCCCUUACUGAUUGGAUUGUGUCACUGAGUUUUUUCUGCAAAGAGAGUGUGAGAAUAAGAAGAAUCCUUCGCCCCUUCUUUCUUCUCCAGAAUUCUUCUAUGAUGAAGAAAACGUUAAAAAGUAUUAACAGCACAUUGCCUGAAAUGGCGAGUGUUGUUCUACUGCUGGCUGUUCAUUUGUCUCUCUUUACCAUGUUUGCCAUGCUGCUCUUUGCUCGAACAAAGGAUAACCAGCAGGAUAAGGAAUGGGUGGUGUAUUUCCGGAAUUUGCCGGAAUCCCUGACGUCACUGCUGGUCUUGCUGACUACUGCAAAUAAUCCUGAUGUGAUGAUACCUGCAUAUUCUAAGAAUCGAGCAUAUUCAAUCUUCUUCAUCCUCUUCACUGUAUUAGGCAACUUGUUUUUGAUGAAUUUGCUUACAGCAAUAAUAUACAACCAAUUUCGAGGGUACCUUCUGAAAUCAGUUCAGUCCUCCCUCUUCAGGAGGCGGCUGGGAAUCCGAGCUGCAUUUGAGGUGCUGUCUUCCCUGAAAGAGACUCCUGCUAGUGCACAACAGUCCUGUGUCAGCGUUGGGGCCUUAUUACAGGUGCUUCAGAAAGCUGAGAUGGAUUCUCGCUGCAAGCAAGCCAUCAUGAGAUCGCUCAAAAUGCGCUCCUGUGACCAACUGUCAGCUGCCCAGUUCCAGAAGCUCUUUGAAGAACUAGACAAAGAUGCCAUUAAGCAACACCCUCCCAGUCCAGAGUACCAAUCCCAUUUUAUGCAGAAAAUGCAGCUUGCCUUUGGCCAUCCCUACUUUGGCUACUUGGGGAAUGUGGUAGCCCUUGCAAACAUUAUUUCUAUUUGUGUGGUCUUGGUGAUGGAUGCAGAUAAGCAGCCAUCUGAAAGAGAUGACUUCUUCCUGGGGGCUAUCAACUGCUUCUUCAUCCUAUACUAUCUGCUGGAAAUGUUGCUGAAAAUCUUAGCAAUGGGCUUGAAAAGAUACUUGUCUUACCCAAGCAAUAGAUUUGAUGGACUUCUGACUGUAAUUUUGCUGGUACUGGAGAUUGCAACUUUUGCUGUGUAUGGAUUUCCUCACCCUGGCUGGAGACCUGAGUUCAUGGGCUUGUUGUCGCUGUGGGAUAUGGUGCGACUGGUGAACAUGUUGAUUGUGUUCAGGUUCCUGCGGAUUAUCCCCAACAUGAAGUUCAUGGCUUUGGUUGUUACUACAUUGCUGGAUCUGGUGAAAAACUUAAGAGCCUUUGCAGGAAUCCUUGUGGUGGUUUUCUAUGCAUUUGCUAUAACUGGCAUAAUGCUAUUUCAAGGUGCUGUUGUUCCCUUGGGAAAUACCAGUGCUGCCAACACAACAAAUGACAAUGGCACUCUGCAGUGUGGGACCUACGAACAGCUGGAAUAUUGGCCCAACAACUUCGAUGACUUUGCUGCUGCAGUGGUAACCCUGUGGGAUGUGAUGGUGGUGAACAACUGGCAAGUCUUUCUGGAUGCAUUUUCAAGAUAUUCAAGUCCGUGGGCAAAGAUCUAUUUUGUAGCCUGGUGGUUGAUCUCCUCUGUCAUCUGGGUUAAUCUCUUUGUAGCUUUACUUCUGGAGAACUUUAUUCACAAGUGGGACCGUCGCUGCCAGCGAGAGUCUCUUUCAGAUAUUGAAUACCAGAGGACAGUUGAACUCAUGUUCAGAGAUGUUUUGGAAGAACCUACAGAGGAGGAGUUGAUGGAAAAACUGCACCAGCACCCACACCUGCAGUUAUGUAGGUGACUGGUGGGAAGGACUGAUUUAUUUGGACCUCAGUUUUCUUGAGGUUGUCAGCUGGAAGAAACUGAAUAGAUUUUCUGUGAGAUGCUGUUAGGAGAGGGGCUUGUAGGACAGUAUGUGAGGUUUUGCUUCGCAAUUCUCUGCAGAAAGAUUUUUUAUUUUGGGUUCAUAUCUUUUUUUGGAAAAGAUUUGGAUCUGGCUAACUUGAUUUUAAGUUGCAAUUUUAGAAGCAGUAUUGCAGCUGUUAUUUUUAUAGAGUGUUGAUAUCAGAAGGUUUUAUUUUCUUUUUUUUUAAUAGGGGAAGUCUGUUUAAAAUGACAGUGCACUUUAAGACACGAACUUUAUAACCACUAAGCCUGCUACUUUUUUCAGCACAAGAAAAUGGAGCUGCCUUUUCUGGCAGGCAAGUGUGGCAAGGGCUGUGCCCUGCAAUUCAUGAAUGGAUUAGGCAGGACCAGAACAAAAUCCUUAAUCUUCCUGUAGUGAGAGUUGAAACACUGUUUUUAUUGUAAUGUGACACCAGCAUAUCUUACCAAAUUUUCAGGAGUUAAUCACGUCGGAACACAAUCGAUUCCAGCUUAGAAACAGGGGCUGCCUGCUUUGCACAUCCCCUGUUUUUCUUUGUUUUCCAUGAGGGUUCAUGCUGGCUGUGCCACUCUGGUCACUGAGAGCAGCCAGAACCUGGGCUGGAGCAGUUGCACUCGUGGUUUUCAAUGUGGUAAAACUGAGCUCUCUUUUAGAGUCAAUGUUCUCAUGUUGCUCUUUACUGAACCUCUUCCUUUUACUUUUUUCCAAGUCCUGUUCUACACUGUGUCGUAUUCCAUGAAAAAGCUAAGGGGAAUGAACUUUGGCUGGAAUGUUGUACCAUGGUCACUGGAGUCGACCACUUAAAGGGGGAAGGGGAGGAAAAAAAGGUUGAAUGGGAUAAUCGAAGUGCUUAACAGUUGAAAUUUUAAUUUGAGCCUGUGGGAGUUGAAGGUGCUCAACCAGUAUUGCAGGAUCACAUUAUUUUAUGGCUUAAGGACCACGUGCUGUGGACCACUAACUUUCAGCUGGGUAAAACUUUUUGGGUAAAUCAGCUUCUCAACAAAUCCAAAGUGGAGGAUUCACGGUAAGCUGUGUCCACAUGCUUUUCAUUAUCCCAUAGUGUUCCUCUAAAAAGGUGUUUUUGCUUGAAUCUCUGUCACAACUAGUAAACUGCUAUGAAGAAUAGAAUCUACCACAACUACUGUUUUUAUGUGUAAAAAUCAAACUGCCCUUUGGGGCACUGCCUUCUCAUUGAGACACUUGUCACCAAAAUACACAUUAUUGUGGUCAUCUCUGUAUUGACAAAGGCUUGGGGGAGGUAAUUGGCUACUAUUCUUAAGUCCCUUGAUUUUUUUUUUAGUUAAAAAACAUUUUUCAAGAGUGCCAAGCAGUCAUCCUGUGUACCUUUCUUCUUCUUUUUUCAUUGUUUGCCUUUUCUCUCUGUCCUGGAUGAAGGAUAGGAAAAUAUCCAGGAUGAUGAUGUGUUUGAGGUCUCACUGUUCAGAAAUUACUUAAUGAUUCUUGUCUGUUUCUUUAUCUUUUGCUUGUAUUUUCUUUGUGCUGUGGAGCAAAACGUGUUGUCGCUUUCGUAUGUGUAGAACAAAUGUGAGCUGAGUUCUGAGCUACUCCUGCAAUCUUUACUUCUGCGGUCCUGCCUCUUAAGACAUGCCCUUGUCUGUGUGCAGUCUCUUGUCUCUGUUCCUGGUUUCAGUGGCGUCAUCAUGCUUGUUUUCAGUCAUGCACUUAAAACACUCAUCACAGCAAGCCGGUAAAGGCAUCAGCACACGGUUUUUCUAGUUUUGAGCUUGUUUUGUUCAGUAUGGCUUUAUGUCAGGAUGGUUUCGGUUCCUUCUAGCAUGAUUUAUAAUCACUCCCACCAGUGUAUUGGGACUUAUUAAGCAGUGGUUGAACAGUCUUAUUUUACCUUUUCAUCGGAAAAAAAAAAAUCUUUUUUGUUUUCCACUUUUCUGAAUACUUGAAGUAGCUUUGCCUUGCCAAAAAGGAAGUGUCCUGUUCUUAUCAGCCUGCAAGUUUCACUAUUUUUUAUGGCCUCUUAAGGUUGUUUGGGAUUUUGUGGUUGAUUUUUUUGUUGUUUGUUUUUUGUGGGUUUUUUUGGUUUGUUUUUUGGCUUUUUUUUUGCCAUUACAUUACACUACAAUCUACCAAAGCAACACAAAUUGGUGUGGGAUUACCAUAAACAUCACAGCUGUCUCCAUUAUGCCAUCUUUGCAUCUAGUGAAAUGUGGAGAAGGCAUUCUGAAGGGACUUGUUCUUGUCUUGUUCUUGUUUCACACUUGUGUAAUUGACUGGAAGUGUAACUAGAAUUUAAUAUAAAAUUGUGCUACCUAAUGUCAUUUGAACUGGAAGAUGUAAAUGACCACAAAUCUUAUGCAAUAAUUGUAUAAAUCAUGAAAAUGAAUGUACAUCAUUAGGUAAAAUUUGAGGUUUGCAUUAUUAAAAAAGUUUUUUCUUCUUAAACUUGAAAA